CCUCUUUUCCUCGACAACUCAGGAUUGUGCUACAGCGACACACAAGAAUAGUAGCUUCCUGGCGUGGGUGCCACACCCCCUCCCAUCCCCUUACUUCUCUCACAUAAUGUCCGCCACCAUGGAUCUCUCUCGACUUACUCGACCCGCGAUCUUGUGUCAGUGCUCGCGAUGCUCCAGCUCCCUCGCCGCCCUGGAGAACGAGUGGGCGAAGCUGUCAAACUCCUACUCCAUAGCGGCGGGGUGGCUAAGCGUCGAGCUGCAUCGCAUUUCUAUAUCAUCAGAGAAGAAGCAAAUACCUCAAACGUCAGAGUUAAGUAAACUGCGGGGUCGCAUUCUACAGGAGGUCUCAUGCAAGCUUUGCCAGCAGAAGCUGGGAGCGCUGUGCGCGCUUGACAACGGCCCCAACAUCUUCUGGAAACUUUCGAAAGUAUCAUUCAGAGAGAUCGUUACAAUGCGUACUGUCGAACCUUCUUUCAAGGAUGGAGCUCUCGAACGCCUGAUAUUCCCCCCGCAAGAACAGCGACGAGAUCAGGCCUCAAAUCAGCCAGGCGCUUUGGUACCGACCGGGUCGACGGAGCUGGACACGCAUGGCAUUUCGGUAGAACAACAGAUUCAACACCAAGGUCUCAGCCUUGAUCAUAUCUCUAGUUCGGUCAGCAACCUUCACGAUACCAUGUUCGAGUUGAAACACGCAUUUACUGCUCUGCGCAUCGAGCUGAACGGUCCGGGUCGAUUUGCACCGGAUAUGAACAACCCGGCGAGCAAGGAUUUGAUGAUUGCAACCGUGUUGAAGGAACUCCGGUCGAAAUCCGAGGAGAUCGAAAGACUAAAAUUGGAAAAUGAAGCGUUGAAGUUGAAGAACCGUUACGUGGAGGAACAGCACUCUGCCAGGCAACAAACACAACUACCUCCUUCACUGCCAAUAUUGACCGUUGGUGAGAUGCUACCGGAAGUGCGGAGUCCAGGGCUGUUACAUGGGAGCAGAAAGCGACCCUGGCCAGACUCGUUUCCCAGCGGUCGGACUCAACCGAUUGGGGACUCGUUUGAUGAUGAUGACGACGACGACGACGAAAGCAUUGGCGACUUUGCUCUCGAAAGCAGGACGACCAUACCACCCGUCAGAAUUCCGCUCAAGGAUCGACCCCUCCAUAACUCAGAAACCGUCCAUACGACGGAUUCGACGACACGCGAACCAAGUCCCUCGGGUUCUUCUCGAUUGCGCAUCGAAGUCAACAACUCCCGACACCAAACCCCACACUACGAUCUCACCAUGGACGCAAGCAUGGAGGCACCCACAACUUCGCAGUCAAGGGACGGGCCCAUCGUCAAACGCCUCCGGUUGGCGCAACAACCAGACAAGAGCACAUCCAGUGUGAGGAAAGCAGGGCGACCCCGCAAGUCAUUCAGCCAAUCCGCCAAACCCGACAUCUUCUCCAACCUCAAACCCGCACCCCUCACGGAACAAAACACAAACAACACCAACGGUACCAGCAAUCCCAAAGAAACGGCCCCCACCACCACUACUAGCCCGAACGACCCAGCUCAGGCCCAAGAGCCUCGACGCACACGCUCACGGAGCCUCCGGCGACGGCAAUCGGCGAACAAUCAAUUUUUUUCGGCCCCAGCACCACCACCAGCACCUCCCACCGACAAACUCAACGGCGAAACCUUCAGCCCAGCCGACCCGAACCCCCCUAGUGCCGGCAAAAUAAACCCCUCUGUUCCCAUGAGCGACGUCCAAAAAACGGGUAACAGUGAGAAGCGCAAGGCGCAGACCGCCGCGCGCGACACCAUAGUCCGACUGGCCAUGCAACGCGAAGAAGCCAUGGAAACGGAUACUUCCCGAUAAGCGUCGGUGUAGACAGAGAGAGAGACAGUAUUGUGAGGUGCCGCUUUUCUUCACCACCAAAACAAGCCUCUUUCCAGUUGUCGUAUUUUGCCCGUUUGUCGUGCAACUUGCUGCUUAAGUCAUCUCCGUUACAGGCGUUAGGGUGAAUGGAUGGUGUGGCUGGGUGGGAUCGGGAUAAAUGGAUUCGGCUGGUUAAGUGUCUAGACUGUACUGAGUAUUUCUGAUUCUAAAAAGAAAAAUUUCUC